AUGGAGGUAGACUUAAUCGCAAAGACAAAUCCCAUGAUAACACCAGCAAAUUGUGCAAGAAAAUAUAACUAUUGGAUCCCAAGAAAAACAGAAAUUUUACUCAGUCUCGUGAACGUUGAGUUAAAUACAAAAGACUGCACUAUAAGAUUGCCAGACAAUCCAGCUAAGAAAAGAAUAGAAGAAAAAUAUUAUGAAAUGACCGAAGAUAAGAUUAUUUAUGAGCCAGAAUUAAGAAAUAGACUAGACUACAUGCGCCGGCUACGACACCAUUACAAUAGGUUAGUUAACCGUACCGGUGUUCGAGUUAAUCCUACAACGGAACAGAUAGAGAUGCCUAGUUCAUUGUGGGACGAUCGAAUUGCUGAGGCUGGAACAACUAAUUGA